CACACGUCGGCGCUGUCGUGCAGCAGCAGCAGUUUCUAUAGUUAUAGUUAGUUUGUCCUUUUAUACAGCUGCAGAAAUAGUUCUAUAACCCGGGAAAAGUUUACUUGGAGCGAUGUCUUGGAACUGGAACGAACACGGAUUACCCUUCUUACCUGGAUACACAUUCCGGGAUGUGACGAAGUCUGCCUUCCAUCAAUCACAGACUCUCAUGUACAAGAACGGCUUCGCUCUGCCCUGUCGCCCCACUGUUGGCAUCGGGCAGGAUCCUCUUCUGUCAGAGCAACUGAUCCAGCAGGAGAUCAACAAGCUGACCUUCGAAUCAUCAGACGUGAAUCAUGGCUCCUCAUACAAGAGUCAUCCUGAAGAGUUUGUACCAGCUCAUGUGGCCUUAGACAAGAAGGUGCUGCGCUUCUAUGCAUACUUUAAGGAGGAUGUCCAGUUUUCCCCUGACGAGCUGUACCGUGUGCGCCCUGUGAUGAUAUUCUACUACCUAGAGGAUGACAGCAUGUACAUCUAUGAGCCCAUAGUGGAGAACUCUGGGUUAUCGCAGGGGAAACGGUUGAAUCGACAGCGUGUGCCCAAGAAUGAACGAGGAGAGCAUUACGAGUAUAAAGACCUCAACCUUGACAUAGACCUGGUGGUGUAUGGGGUCAAGUACCACAUCACACACUGCGAUGAGUUUACAAUGGAAUUCAUGGAAAGUGAGGGCAUUAUUUUGAACGACCCUCAGCCGAUGCCAGUUGAUCCUUACAGCAACAGUCGCAAAAUCCCUCUACCUUGCCACACCACACCCUCCGCUUUCGAUCACACACACCAGUUUCUCACUAUGGACGGCAAGGUGCUGUGUUUUUUCGCCCUGUGGGAUGACGCUGAUUGUCUGCACAAGGAAACCAGGACAGUUACCAUCCGCUAUUACCUUGCAGAUGACACAGUGGAGAUCAGAGAGGCCCAUGAACCCAAUAGUGGUCGUGAUCCCUUCCUGUUCGUGAUGCGCCGACAGAAGCUGCACAAGAAACUCAAACCACAGCCGUUCCCCAGCUGUGUGCUGCAGGUCUCAAAGGAUGAGGUGGACGAGUACUACUCCCCCAAAGACUUCCAGGUGGGUCACACAGUGAAGCUGCUGGGUCGUCCCUUCUUGCUGUAUGACUGUGAUGACUUCACUAAAGAGUAUUUCCAAACCAACCACCCUGACAUGGAUAUGAAACCCAUUGAAGUACAAAAGACGGUUGAUGUGGACAGGAAGAAGGAGGUUCCUCCCUACAAUGGUUUUGGUUCACUUGAAGAUUCUCUCCAGAAUUGUUCGGCUCUGAUUCCCAAGCCUCCGAAAAAGGAUGUGAUGAAGAUGCUGGAGAACAAUAACAAAGUGUUGUGCUACAGUGCCACACUGGACUCACAGAAUCCCACAGACGAAGGCCGACGUUUUAUUCUGUCUUACUUCCUGUCCAACGACAUGAUCAGUAUUUUUGAGAACCCCACUCGCAACUCAGGUAUCAUCAGUGGCAUGUUCCUGAAAAAGACACGCAUCCCCAAGCCGGGCUCUACUGUGGAUAAUCCUGACUUCUACUCACCUGCAGACUURGCUAUUGGAGCCACUGUGGAUGUUUUCGGCCACCGCUUUGUGCUGACCAAUGCUGACCAAUACGUCCUUACAUACCUGGAGUCCAUAUCAAGCCAGAUCCCUUCUCAGARGCUGGACUCUUUGCGUCAGAAGCUGGGUGAYGGGGCAGCGAAUAACCAGCCAGGUGAUGAAGUAGAGGAGCCAMCCGAGUGAUGCCAGUGAAGGCUAGAUUGCCCUCAGUGUUGUUCCCUGCUCAAUAAAUCUAUGCAUAAGAAUAUGAA